CCAGUCCAUUACACAGAACCAUGUCAGCCGGUAGGCAAAGCUCCGCCGGCAAAUUCUUUGGCAGGCGGCACAAGGACAAGGACAAGGUCGCCAGCAAUGAAGGCAAUUCCUACAACCAGAGCCCCCCAGGCAGCUCGCAAGGCUCGCAACCAUCGCGCCACCAUCGGCAUAGUAGCUCUGUUGUUUCGGUAGACCGCCCCGUGUCUAUGGCCAUUGAGCCCGGACUGGCCAUGCAAGCUGGCGUUUACUCUUCCAUUCCCUUUGAACAAACCCCCGACGGACGCCCUCCCCCAUCAGGCGCUGCCGUUGCAAACCACAGCAUUCGCGGCGGAGACGCCCUGCAGCCCCAUCACCUCAAUCGCUCCGGUGCAGACUUCCACCAAUAUCCCAUUUUCGACGCCUCCAAAAUGCCCCAGGUCACCUACCAGCAAGCGCAAGCCGCGCCUCCGCGGCCCCCUCAGCACCAGCAGCAACCGCUGCGCAGCGAUGCAAUGGCCUCGAGCCAGCCUGGCGACCGUGGUGUGUCCAUUCAGCAGUGGGGUUCGGUGGGAAGGUCCAGCAAUGGCUACCCCUCCUACGCCGGCACCGAUUCGUCAAAUAACACCCGCACUUCCUCCGACCAAGCGAGUGUUUACUCCAACGACUCCAAAACACGCGGUUCCAACGUAUACAUGGCCCAAAACCCGUCGCAAUCCACCUUUUCCUCCAUCGGCCUCGAUGCAGGCAGCCUCCUCCCUACCGCCGUAUCUACCCCUCGCGAUUCCUACCGCCAUGUGCUCCACCACAGCAACCAGCAGCAGCCCUCGGCCUUUUCCUCCACCGCCUCGUUUCAGCAGAAUGGCGCUUCUAUACAAAGACCUCCCGAUCAUAUCGUCGAGCAAGAAUUCAUGAAUCUCAUGGUUAAGAGAGGUUGGAAGAGUCUGCCUGAGCAGGCUCGCCGGCAGAUGGAGGCAUAUAAGAUUGAUAAGAAGUGGACAUUGGUAUACCAAGAUAAACUUGCUGAGCUGAAGCACGAAGAAAGAAAACGCCAGACAUACCGCAAUACAUACGUAGGCACUAGUGGUGCAAAUCCCGAUAUAUUAGCAAGGGCCGAGGAGGAAGGCUCCCCCGAGUGGUAUGUGAAGAAGGUCAUGGACAAUUCCAUCACUCUCAAGCAAAUGUCGAGUCUGGAAAUCAGUCUUCGAACCCAGCCAAUUGCCUGGGUGAGAGGCUUCAUCGAGGCACAGGGGCAGAUUGCCCUCACAAAUGUCUUAACAAAGAUCAACCGCAGGAAGGGACAGGGUCCAGCUCCGCCGCCAAAUGCUAUGCCAUCGCGAGAGAAUGACAUGGAAAGAGAGUACGAAAUCAUCAAGUGUUUGAAAGCUUUGAUGAACAACAAGUACGGAGCCGACAACGCACUGGCGCAUCCUUCCAUCAUUCAGGCGCUUGCAAGCUCGCUCAUUUCCUCCCGGAUAAAUACGAGGAAACUGACUUCUGAUGUGUUGACCUUCCUUUGCCACUGGGGGGAGGGUGCGGGCCACGAGAAGGUGUUGCAGGCUCUCGACACACUCAAAGCUCAAUAUGGAGAAAACGGCCGGUUCGAUGCUUGGAUGCGUGUUGUCGAGGUCACAGUCGACGGCCGCGGCAAGAUGGGCUCCAUGGUGGGAGCGUCAGACGAAGUUCGAAGCGGAGGUAUCGGCGUGGAGAACCUGCUAAUGGAAUACGCCAUUGCAUCCCUUUUCCUCAUCAACAUGGUUGUAGAUGCCCCUCGCGAUCUCCCGUUGAGAAUGCACAUCCGAGCACAAUUUACAGGAUGUGGCAUCAAGCGUAUUUUCCAGAAGAUGGAGGGCUUCCAGUACGAAGUCAUUGACAAGCAAAUCGAACGGUACCUGAACAACGAAGCCAUUGACUAUGAAGAUUAUCUGGAGCGGGAGAACAGCUCGAUGACAGAGGGCGUGGAAAGCGAGGUCAAAGAUCUCAACGAUCCCAUCCAGAUUGCAGAUGCCAUCUCUAACAAGCUCAACAAUACCCGGGCCCAGGAUUACUUCGUCUCUGCCAUGCAACAUCUGCUUAUCGUUCGGGAUACUGAAGGCGAAGAUCGACUCAAGAUGUUUCAGCUCGUGGAUUCUAUGCUCAGUUAUGUCGCUAUGGACCGUCGGUUACCGGACAUGGAUCUCAAGCAAAGUUUGAAUUUUACGGUCCAGUCACUGCUCGACAAGCUCUACACUGAUGGAGAAGCACGUCAAGUUCGAGAUGAAGCGAUUGAAUCCAGGCAGAUUGCCGACUCAGCCAUUGCCGAACGAGAUGAAAUGAAAGCUCAACUUGCGCUGGGUGCAGAUGGCCUAGUUCAGAAACUCCAGAAACAACUCGCAGAGCAAGAGAACAUCAUUGCGGUCCGUAGCAGGCAAAUCGAUCAGAUGAAGUCCGAGUUGGCCGAAAUUCAGAGGAUACGAGCCCAGGAACUGCAACGAAACGAACUGGAAACGCGUGAGUUGUAUCUGAUGCUGAGGGAUGCUCAAGACGUUGCUGCAUCUGCUGCAAAGAAAGGUGGCAAGGAGGGUCUCGGCGCCACAGAUCCUACACAAAUGCAAGGCAUUCUGGAUCGCGAAAACCUCAUGAGCCGACUGGAAGUUCAAUUGCAAAGAGCUAAGACGCAAGCAACUCUCGAGGGCCGUAACCUUAACCAGGUCCAGCCAAGUGAGAAACUCAGAGAACUUCGGGAGAAGAUGGAUGGCAAUAUGGGUCCGGGACCAGAACAAUUCAGCGGAGUCGACCCCAACUCGCUCGGAACGUCACGAGCCAAGAGUGGCAUCGUUCGAAGAAAACCUGUCGGAGGCGAUGCCACCGAGAACGAAGACGAGUCGAUGCUCGAUAUUCCGGAAGACGAUGAGAACGACGAUGAUGAGGCUAUCAUCGAGAAGCCCAGGCUCAUACAAAUGCACAAGCCCACCAAAGUCCCAGGACGACCACCCACGGAUCUUGUGGACGAACUCAACGCCAAAGUCAAGCCUCUCAACCCAGACGAAGCCAGCGAAGUGUCUACUAAUGAUGAAUCCACAUCUGCCGCUCCUCCUCCACCUCCUCCCCCACCGCCGCCUCCAGGUCAACUUGGAUUCCCUGCUAAUAUUCCCCCGCCGCCGCCUAUGCCCGGCACUAAUGCUAAUGGUCCACCUCCUCCACCUCCGCCUCCACCACCUCCUGGUCAGCUUGGAUUUCCUGCUGCUCCUGGCAUACCUCCGCCUCCUCCCAUGCCUGGGAUGGCUCCUGGAAUUCCUCCGCCUCCUCCCAUGCCUGGGAUGGCUCCCGGAAUUCCUCCACCGCCUCCAAUGCCUGGUCAAAUGGAUGGCAGCAUGCCACCUCCGCCACCUCCCCCAAUGCCGGGUGCUAAGGGCCCCCGAUUCCUGCCCAAGGCUGGUCUCCCUGGAACUACAACAACGAAUAUGAGUGGCCCUCGCCCGAAGAAAAAGCUCAAAGCUCUUCACUGGGACAAGGUCGACUCACCUUCCACUACCGUCUGGGCCGCUCACGGUGCCACCUCCGAAGAAAAGGAAGAAAAAUACCGCGAACUUUCGAAGAAGGGUGUUUUGGACGAGGUCGAGAAGCUGUUCAUGGCCAAGGAAAUCAAAGCCAUCGGCAAGAAGGCCUCCAAGAAGAACGAGAAGAAGCAAAUUAUCUCGAGAGAUCUCAUGCAAACUUUCCAAAUCAGUAUGGCCAAACACUCUGCGCUUUCUGCUGAAGAAGUCGUCCGCAUGAUCAUCCACUGUGACGACAAAAUUCUGGACGAUCCGGUUGUCGUGGAAUUUCUGCAGAAGAACGACCUUUGUGAUAUUCCGGACAAUGUCGCCAAGCUUAUGGCACCCUACUCCAAGGACUGGACUGGCCCGAACGCCGCCGAAAGCAAGAGAGAACAAGAUCCAAAUGAGCUCACGAGAGAAGAUCAGAUCUAUCUGUACACAGCCUACGAACUGCACCACUACUGGAGGGGCCGCAUGAGGGCGUUGUCUCUCACUCGAACGUACGAGCAGGAAUACGAUGAGAUAUCUAACAAGCUGCUCGAGAUCACACGUGUAUCAGACAGUCUGCGAAGCUCCACCAGUUUGAUCUCGGUCUUGGGUCUCAUUCUCGAUAUUGGUAACUUCAUGAACGACGCCAACAAGCAAGCGACCGGUUUCAAGCUAUCAACCCUCUCUCGAUUGGGCAUGCUGAAGGAUGACAAGAACGAGUCAACUUUUGCUGACCUUGUCGAGCGAAUCGUGAGACAGCAAUACCCUGGCUGGGAAGGAUUCACCGAUGAGAUUGGUGGUGUUAUAACUGCCCAGAAGAUCAACGUCGAGCAGCUCCAGACCGAUGCUAAGAAGUACAUUGACAACAUCAAGAACGUUCAAAUGUCGCUCGACGCUGGAAAUCUCUCCGACCCCACCAAGUUCCACCCCGAGGACAAGGUCGCUAUCAUUGUUCAGAGGAGUAUGAAGGAGGCAAGACGAAAAGCAGAGCAACUUCAAGUGUUCCUGGAAGAUAUGCAGAAGCAGUAUGCAGACAUUAUCGCAUUCUACGGAGAAGACCCACAAGACGAAAGCUCACGCCGCGAUUUCUUCGCAAAACUGGCCAACUUCGUCAUGGAGUGGAAGCGAUCCAGGGAAAAGAACAUUGCCCUCGAAGAACAACACCGACGCAACGAAGCGUCCAUCCGCAACAAGCAGCGCCUCAACCCUCUAUCUCCGUCAGCGCUCGCGGGCGAUGCUGGGCCUCGCUCCCCAGUCAGCACCGAAGCCAUCGACGACCUCCUCAAGAAACUUCGCGACGCGAAACCCGAAGCAAAAGACAAACGCGAAACUCGCCGGCGCGCUCUCCUCAAAGACCGCCACCGCGUCCGUGUCGCGUCAGGGCAAAAGAUGCCCGAACUCGGCAUCAACGUCAACGAAGGUGAAACAGGCGGCGAAGGCAGUUCCGACGCCAAAAACAUCCUCAGCCCUACAAGCGAGGGCAGCGAAAGCGUCGACGGCAGCUCCGUUGCCUCACCCACCAGCAACACCGACGUCGCGGACCGCGCAGCCGCCAUGCUCGAAGGCCUCCAGGGCGGCGUCUCCGCCGUACCCAAGGACAGCAGUAACCUCGCGAUGCGCCGUCGUCGCGACAACGCCGAAGCUAUGCGCGAGAACACGCGGCGGCGUAGACGACAAGCGGGUGGUAGCACAGUCAGCAACGCAAGUACCGCGCGCAGCGAUGACGGUGGGCUCAUGAGCCCUUCUACUAUUCCUGAAGGCCUGAUUUCUGGAGCUGGUGCUGGAGAACGAAGAGGUAGUAUCUUAUCUGGUGGCGGUGAAGGUGUAGACGAUGCAGAUAAUAAUGAUGGUGGGGCUGUUACGAAGACUACGUCGGGGGAUGGGAGCACGACGCCCAUCACGAUUGUGAGUCCGCCGAGUCCGGAGCAGGUUAGGAAACCCAGGAACGGUGAGGCUGGUGACGGAGAUGAGGACGAAGGAUAGAUGGGGGGUUAUGGUUCUUGGGUUGUCAUGUAGAGGGGUUUUUUCUUUUACUUUUUCUUCUUCCUUUUUAUUUUUCUUGCUGUGUGAUCGUUCUUGGUUCGGGGGGUCAGGGAGAAGAAAUGGAAAGAAAAAGUAAAGAAGGGCGUUUUCCUCUUUUUAUUUUCUGUCUUCAAUUCUUCUUUUGAGAUUCUUCAUUCCUCUGGUUUUCCGCGUGUGGUGUGUAUGU